CCUCACUCUUUCUCUCUCCCUGUGUUCACAUGUGCACCGGACCCACAGCUUUCUUCUGAGCGGACACUGCAGGGAAAGAACCGACCGAAACCACCAUGGAAUAGGAAUACGACCCGGGAAACGGGGGAAAAUAAAACCUCUCUUAUCUUCUUCUCUCUUUUUUCCCCAUCUCUUUUUUUCUAGCGCCUUUUUCUGUCUUUUCGCAUCUUCCCCAUCUCCCUCGAUGUCUCUCAACAGUUUCUGAAGGGAUUGAAUUAAAGAAAAAUGAGGAUUAUAAUUUUUUCUUGGCACUUUCUCGGGGUGUAUUCCGCCCUUUGGGGGCUGGCGACAGGGGCUUUCCCCAGCUCAGUGCAGAUAGGUGGAUUGUUCAUUAGGAAUACUGAUCAGGAGUAUACAGCUUUUCGACUAGCUAUCUUCCUUCACAACACCAGCCCUAAUGCUACGGAAGCUCCCUUUAACCUGGUUCCACAUGUGGACAACAUAGAGACUGCCAACAGCUUUGCAGUCACCAAUGCAUUCUGUUCUCAGUAUUCAAGGGGGGUCUUCGCUAUCUUCGGCCUUUACGACAAGCGUUCAGUAAACACGCUGACAUCGUUUUGUGGGGCCCUGCACAUCAGCCUAGUGACACCCAGCUUCCCCACUGAAGGCGAGGGCCAGUUCACGCUGCAGCUUCGGCCGUCCAUCAGAGGAGCUUUGCUGUCCCUGUUGGACCACUAUGACUGGAGCCGAUUUGUCUUCCUCUACGACACAGACAGAGGUUAUGCAAUACUGCAGGCAAUUAUGGAGCGAGCGGGGCAGAACGGAUGGCAGGUGAGUGCAAUCUGUGUGGAGAGUUUCAAUGAGGCGGCGUAUCGGAGACUCUUAGAGGACCUGGAUCGACGGCAGGAGAGAAAAUAUGUCAUUGACCUGGAGCCUGAGAGACUACAGAGCAUCCUGGAACAGGCUGUCAGUGUGGGGAAACAUGUCAAAGGUUACCAUUACAUCGUAGCAAACCUGGGUUUCAAGGACAUAUCUUUGGAAAGGUUCAUGCACGGCGGGGCCAAUGUGACCGGGUUCCAGUUAGUGGACUUCAGCAAGCCUAUUGUCAUAAAACUUAUGCAGCGCUGGAACAAACUCGAUCAGCGUGAAUACCCUGGAUCUGAAAGCCCACCUAAGUAUACCUCAUCUCUGACUUAUGAUGGUGUCCUUGUAAUGGCUGAAGCCUUCCGCACCCUUCGCCGUCAAAAAAUCGAUAUCAGUCGCCGUGGCAAUGCAGGUGACUGUCUGGCCAAUCCAGCUGCUCCUUGGAACCAAGGAAUAGAUAUGGAGCGUGCGCUCAAACAGGUGCGCAUUCAGGGCCUGACUGGGAAUAUUCAGUUUGAUCACUACGGUCGGAGGGUGAAUUACACGAUGGACGUGUUUGAACUCAAGAGCAAUGGCCCGCGCAAGAUUGGUUACUGGAACGACAUAGACAAACUUGUGUUGGUCCAGAAUGAAAAUGCUCUGUCCAAUGACAGCUCGGCUAUGGAGAACCGGACUGUUGUCGUGACAACUAUCAUGGAGGGUCCUUACGUGAUGCUGAAGAAGAACUGGGAGCUUUAUGAGGGCAACGACCAGUAUGAGGGAUACUGUGUGGACCUUGCCUCUGAGAUUGCCAAACACAUCGGAAUUAAAUACAAGAUCUCCAUUGUACCAGAUGGGAAAUACGGAGCGAGGGAUCCAGAGACAAAGAUAUGGAAUGGCAUGGUUGGCGAGCUUGUGUACGGGAAAGCAGAAAUUGCUGUGGCCCCACUGACCAUCACCCUGGUGAGAGAGGAGGUGAUCGACUUCUCUAAGCCUUUCAUGUCUCUGGGAAUUUCAAUCAUGAUCAAGAAGCCUCAGAAGUCUAAACCAGGUGUUUUCUCUUUCCUGGACCCACUGGCCUACGAGAUCUGGAUGUGCAUAGUGUUCGCUUACAUUGGCGUCAGUGUUGUGCUGUUUUUGGUGAGUCGCUUCAGUCCGUAUGAGUGGCAUGCAGAGGAACCAGAGGAGGGUGCCACGGAGCAGGGCCCCACUGACCAACCUCCAAAUGAGUUUGGCAUCUUUAACUCCCUGUGGUUCUCACUGGGAGCCUUCAUGCAACAAGGCUGCGACAUCUCACCACGGUCUCUAUCUGGACGUAUUGUUGGAGGUGUGUGGUGGUUCUUUACUCUUAUCAUCAUCUCCUCUUACACAGCCAACUUGGCUGCAUUCCUCACUGUGGAGAGGAUGGUUUCACCGAUAGAGAGUGCAGAGGACUUGGCCAAACAGACAGAGAUAGCCUAUGGGACGCUGGACUCAGGCUCCACUAAAGAAUUCUUCAGGAGAUCCAAAAUAGCUGUAUACGAGAAGAUGUGGUCAUAUAUGAAAUCCGCUGAGCCAACUGUCUUCACCAAAACCACAGCAGAAGGCGUGGCAAGGGUCCGAAAGUCCAAGGGGAAGUACGCCUUCCUUCUCGAGUCCACCAUGAACGAAUACACGGAGCAGCGAAAGCCUUGUGAUACCAUGAAAGUCGGAGGCAACCUGGACUCCAAAGGAUACGGCAUUGCAACACCGAAAGGCUCACAGUUAAGAAACGCGGUCAACCUGGCCGUGCUAAAACUCAACGAGCAGGGCCUGUUGGACAAAUUGAAAAACAAGUGGUGGUAUGACAAAGGAGAAUGUGGCAGCGGGGGAGGGGAUUCCAAGGACAAGUCGUCCCAGGCUCUGAGCCUGUCCAACGUGGCUGGGGUCUUCUACAUCCUUGUGGGCGGCCUGGGCCUGGCAAUGCUGGUGGCCCUGGUCGAGUUCUGCUACAAGUCACGGGCCGAAGCCAAGCGCAUGAAGCUGUCUUUUUCUGAAGCCAUGCGGAACAAGGCUCGUCUGUCCAUCACAGGAAGUGUGGGGGAGAAUGGCCGCGUCCUGACGCCAGACUGCCCCAAAGCUGUGCAUGCUGGCCACGCCUCCCUCCGACACCCCGGCCUUGCAGUGGUCUCCUCUGGACUGCCCUGAAAACCAAAAAACACCUGCCGUGCCUUAACAACACACAAACAUACUA